CUAACAAACGGUCCUCAACUUCUUACAUUCCUUUACACGGUACUAAUCUUUCGCUCUGAUAAGAGCUUCUAUUAAUUAGAACUAGUUAAAUUGAAAAACUCUUGUUCACUUGAAGAACUCUAUUAGUUCUAUCUGAACUGAUCGUUCACAAAAACUGAACUAUUCGUUCCAGAACUACACUCGUUCAUGAGUUCAUGAGUUUUGAGGUUAUGUUUUAGUGCUCCUGCUCCACUCCAAUCCAAUCGUAUCACUGUAUUUUCUGUAAAUUGCAUUAUGUUUAUGCUUAAAGUUAGAAUAUUUUGAAAUAAGAUUUAUUUUCAUGUAGUUUAACAGUUGUACAUCUCAUUAGUUUGAUAACGGUGAUAUAAAUUCACCAAGUUAGAUUUAUGUCAAUGUUUUGCAGUUGAAAUAGAAUGUAAACUAAUAGUAUCAUUUAUUUUUUCUUGAGUAAUCAUAGAGAACAUAGAUUUGUAUUAUGGAAAUGACUGUCAAAUGUUUCAAAAACCAAAAGAAGCAGAUUCUUGAUGGGGUAGACCUCAGCAAGAAAGGGAGUUUUGAUGUGUUGAUUAGUAAUUUAAUCUGUAAACUCAAUGACCACCAAGACUAUGUAACCACCAGCUCAUGUUCAGGAAGAAUUUUAUUGUAUGUCCAGGAUAGUGAAAGAAGAAAACAAGAUUGCAGAUGGCUUUUUGUCAGUCAUGACAGCAUAAGUGAAGAUGUAUCUGCACUGCAUGAAAAGUUCGAAUCGACCAAUGGAGAAGUUUGUCUCAAAUUUGAACCAUUCAUCCUGCAUGUGCAAUGUAGAACGAUCAAGUCUGCCAAGUCAUUGCAGCUAGUGAUGUAUUCCAAGCAAUGUUCUACGGUGAGCUUAAAGAAGAAAAUACUGUUACAAUAAACGAUUUGAACCCGCAAGGAUUUCAAGGUAUGAAGUUUUUCUUUUACACAGGCAAAGUUAAUUUUACAUCAGCAGUUGAUGCGCUGUUAACUCUUGCCGCUGCUCAAAAAUACUUAGUUUCUGAACUUAGUAAAAAGUGCACGGAAUAUAUUACUAAGGAAAAGAUUCAGCCUUCGGAAGUACUAAAAUUUUAUGAAAAUUGUAAGAUCUAUCACAUUUCCGAAUUUGAUGAGUUAUGCAAUCAAGUGAUCCGAGAAGAGACUCGUAAAGUAGUUGACAGUGAGUAUUUUUCUCAAGCUAAAAUUGAAACAAUAGAAGUGAUUCUGAAAUCGUCUCCUCUAAACUUGAUAUCAGAGAUCAAGCUCUUUUCUAUCUUAAAAAAAUGGGCGAUUGCUAGAACUAUUAAAGAACGUAUUUGCGACCAUGAUGUAGCAAUACGGUUUAAUAGCCUGAAAAAGUAUAUACGGUUUUUAACAAUGAGUUCAGAAGAUUUUGUCUCAGAAGUUGCAGAUUCUUCUCUGCUUACUGAAGAAGAAAAAACUGCAAUAGCAUGGAACCUUUUAAAACCUGGAUCGAAACCAUUGCCAGAAACUCUCUCUUCUGAACUGCAAUAUCGUGAAUCCACAAUUUCUUCCAAACAACAGGAAAAGUAUAAGUUUACUCUUUCAGUUGACAAUCUCACGAGCAUAUUUGAUGGAUAUACGUUACCAAAAAAGCUUCAUCCAGACCUCAUUCUCAAAAUUACCUGCUCAAAAAUUAAUAAUUUUAUAUGCUUUUGGUUGGAGCCCCUGACGAAAAUAAUCUCCAAGAGGGAUUGCUGCAUAUGGCUGGUUACAAUGAGAUCAAAACUUAGAGUAGUAGCAAAUGAUGUAAAUAAUGAUUUCUGGCUUGAGAAUACGUGUAGCGUGAGAGUGGAUUGGAAAAAACAACAGCAACAAACUACAAUUUUUGCAAAAAUUGAAGUCAGAAAAUUGAAAAAGAAAUGCUUUUUGAAGGACACCAAGGAUUCAGUUGAUAUUGAAGGAUUUUUUUACAUUAGUGCUUAUUGAGACUCUUUCUCCAGAAGGGAAUCUAUGAUGCGUUCAGAUAUUAUUAUUGGUAAUCAAUAGUUCUAAAAUUUUUUCUCAAGUCACUGUUGAAGAAUAUGAAUAAAACGAAUUGGAAAAGAUGUAGCCUAUAUUUUAUUCAUGCUACGUAUAAUUAAUUCUUGUUCCUUUCCCUAAGAGACUCAGAUAAUCUAAUAUUAUGUACUAUCUAUAAUGGUUUGAUAAUUUCAAUAUAUACAUCACGUUUUUAAUGUUUUUGAA